AUGGACCCAUUCCACACUUCAAAGAGAAGUUCGGUAUCGUUCGCUGGCACAACUGCUAGAACAUCUACUUUCCCAAAUACAUAUGAAUAUAAUUCGAUGGACAAUCUUCAAUAUGACACUCCUGGAAAUGACAAUAAUGACGAUGUUAAUGGUACUUAUGAUACUUAUGACCCUACGACUAAUAACCACUCGGCUCUAUACUCCAAUCGAUCACCAAUGUAUUCUCCUUUAGAUUAUUCAAAAAAUGUGACUUCACCUGGAAAUUCAAAUAAUAAUAGUAAUAAUAACAGUUAUAUGGCACCCCCAAGUUUUUCUGCAUUACAGCAACAUCAAACUAGAGCUUACAACCUUAUAUAUAAUAAUAGUAACAAUAAUAACACUUCCAUGGUUAGUAAUAGAAACAUAGUAUGUGAAUGGGAAUCUCCAGCUCCAUUGUAUGCCAUGGAUUGGAGUAUGGAUGAUUUAAUAUGUCUAGGUUCAUAUAAGGAGGACUCAAGAAAUAAAUUACAAAUAAUUAGAUCUGCAGAUCAAUUGAAUUGGGAUAAAGUUUCAGAAUGUGCAACAACAUACCCAGUAAGUAAAGUACAAUGGUUACCAAAUAAUUUAAGACCAAGACAAUUGGCAACGUGUUCAGAUUCCUUAAGGAUAUGGUCUCUGAAUGACUCUGAUGGUAGUUUACAAGAGCAAAUCAAUUUAUCCCUUUGCAAGUACAAUAAACAACAUGGCAACUCUCUUGACACAUCGUCGACGGAUUCAACAAAUAAAAUACUGGGUGGAUUACCUCCAAUUACUUCCUUUGAUUGGAAUCCAAUUGAAACAAAUUUAAUAAUAUCAUGUUCUAUUGACACGACAUGUAUUGUAUGGGAUUUAAAUAGCUCCAACUUUGUUAAGACCCAACUUAUUGCACAUGAUAGUGAAGUUUAUGAUGUACGUUUCCUUACAAAAUCUACACAAAUAUUUGCAAGUUGUGGGGGAGAUGGUAGUGUACGUAUAUUUGAUUUAAGAUCUUUGGCACAUUCUACAAUUAUUUAUGAACCAACAGCAAAUGCUGAACAUCCUAAUCUAGAUGAUCCAACAUUACAAAAUCAUGCAUUGCUAAGAUUAGAGCCUUCCCCAUCUGACCCAAAUAUACUUGCAACAUUUGUUUGUGAUUCAAAUUCAAUUAUGAUUCUAGAUAUGAGAAACCCGGAAUCUCCAGUAUUGACUUUAGACGGGCAUAGUGGUUCAAUUAAUCAAAUAAAAUGGCAUCCAACGAAGAGAAAUAUCCUGAUGUCCUGCGGUGAUGAUUGUCAGGUGUUAUGUUGGGAUCUAAAUAAAUACUUGGGUACAGGUUCGCCUACAGCGACGGUGUCUGACUCUAAUGGAACGACAUCGACUUUGAACAAGACUUCACAAGACCAGGAUAUUGAUAUGUCCGGCGAUAAUAAAAAAGUGGAUAUGCCAAGUUUUCAUUAUUCUAGUGGCACAGAAGAAAUUAAUAAUAUAGCAUGGAGACCUGAUAAUGGUAAUUGGCUAGGGACUGUGAGCGGUAAGACAUUUAAGAAUAUUAGAGUUUAUUAA